UUUCUUUACGAGCCAUCGACUCGUCAGCCCAUUCAUCUUCAAGCUUCGCAUAAACCCUAGAUUAGGCUUCGGUUAGGGUUUUGGCCGAUUUGAGCUGCUUCUUCUCCUACUGUUCCUUUACUUCCAGCUUCUAGAUUCGACUUCUUCUGGAAUUUUCGCCACCUUUUCUUCGGUAUAUUUGAAUUUUGUUGCUGAGCUUUCAGGAUUCGUUCCGGUCUCGAUCCGUGCUCUCUGAAGCCAUGUACACCAAAAAGAGGACCAGAUACGAAGCUGCUCCCAACGUCAAUGGAGAUUUUAAAAAGGCCAAGCAAGAAUUGGACACAAUUUCAAGUGGUAUAGGAAGCAAAUCGAAGCCAUGCACGAAGUUUUUCAGUACUGCGGGAUGUCCUUUUGGUGAGAGCUGCCAUUUUCUUCACCAUGUUCCAGGUGGCUAUAAUGCUGUUGCCCAGAUAAUGAAUUUGGCCCCAGCUCCGAACUCAAGAAACAUGCCAGCACCACCCAUUUCAAAUGGUAAUUCUGGUGCUACUGUCAAAACCAAACUAUGCAACAAAUAUAACUCAGCUGAAGGAUGUAAAUUCGGUGAUAAGUGCCACUUUGCUCAUGGGGAAUGGGAAAUUGGGAAGCCCAUUAUACCAGGUCAUGAGGAUCCUCGCGCCAUGGGGCCUGGACCUCUUCCUGGGCGUUUUGGUGGCCGGAUGGAGCAGCAGCCUGUGUCAGGACCUGCUGCCAGCUUUGGUUCCUCUGCUACUGCAAAAAUUAGCGUGGAUGCAUCCCUCGCCGGAGCUAUCAUUGGGAAGAGCGGAGUGAACUCCAAGCAGAUAUGCCGGCAAACAGGUGUAAAAUUGUCAAUUAGAGAUCACGAAACAGAUAAAACCCUGAAGAACAUUGAGCUGGAGGGUACAUUUGAGCAAAUCUCUCAAGCUAGUGCAAUGGUAAGAGAGCUGAUUAGCAGCCUUGGUUCAGUAGGUGGGCCGGGAAGAGCAGCACCUGCAGCACACGGAGGUCCAGCCUCUCAUUCAAGCAAUUAUAAGACAAAGCUUUGUGACAAUUUCACUAAAGGAUCAUGCACUUUUGGAGAAAGGUGCCACUUCGCCCAUGGGGCUGCUGAAAUGCGCAAAUCAGGUGUCUAGACUUCUUUUCCUUAGUGUACCCUCUGUACCUUAGGCCUCUGCUCAGUCUGCUGUUGUGCUCUUUCCUGUACUAUUCUCAAUUUUCAGCCAUUGCUCUACACAAUUCAAACACUGGGAGUAAUGAGUAGUGUUAACGGUAUUUAGGCAUUUGUGUUUUUGUAUCCCUGAUAUUUUUUGGACCAUUAUUUUGUGAUUCUAGGUUUUUUUGGACCGUUACUUGGUUAUUCAGUUAUUCUAGUCGUUAUGUUUUUUUCA